CAAACUCAGUUCAUUUUACAUUUCAAAGUGUCUUGGACGUUUAUCAAAGAUUUCAGUAGUUUUUAUUAUUUCAAAAGAAUCGGUUCGUGUUUGAUCGGUGUUAACGGCUCUACAGACAAGUGGUUUUAAUAGAUUUUUUACCCACCAUGGACGUAACGGCAGCCAGUGUGGUGUACACUAAUCAUUUUUACGCUUCUCAAAAUUACGGCGGCGAUCAGCUGCAAUCGCAGUCGCCGCAAGCACAACAUCAGUCCCAAAUUAUCCACACCAGCUAUGUGGUUAGCUCGGGUCCCGGUCUUGCCCUAGGACUUGGGCACGGGCACAGUGCCACGAUGGGAUCGGGUUCCGGCCUGAGCCCGCGGACCGUCUACAAUGAUCUCUAUCGCUUUGAAGAUGGUAGCGGCGAUGCCAGCGGUUCUCUGCUUAUCGGACAGCAUGAAGAUGACUUUUGCGAGGCGAACGAGGAGAGCCAGAUCUCCACCAGCAGCUCAUCCUCCUGCCAAGCGGAGCCAGACACUGUGGAUAUUGAGGCAGAGCUGGCGUCGGAUCUUUGCCAAAUGGUAAACGAAAACAAAGAGGGAACUGGUAACAAAGCUGACAACAAUGGUGACGAAUCGCAUGAUGACGAUAACGACGGCGUGGGAGAAGGCGAGCAUUAUCAAUCCACCAUGGUGGACACAACACCAUAUAUCGUUUAUCCACCACCCAUGCCGAUGUCUUCUCAUUCCGCAUAUUUGACCGUUGGCCAGGAGCUGUACGUCAUUCAGCCGGAGACUGUGUUUGUGCUGGGCAUGCGCCUCAACGUGACCAAGAACGACAUCAUGAUGUUCUUCGGCAAAUUGGGUCUGAUCAAGCUAGACGAUAUUUCUGGCAAGCCAAAGAUCUUUGUCUACAAGAACAAGCUAACUGGUCGCUCCAAGGGCGAGGCCACCAUCACCUACGUGAGUCCCUACUCGGCCCAGGCGGCGAUCAGCUGCCUUGGCGGCAGCAAGUUCAUGGGCCAGACGCUCACCGUCCUGCCCGCCUACUUGUGCAUGCGCAAGGGCAGCAGCGUCCGCUACAGCUAUCCGCGCGACCUGAACCCUACCGAGCUGGACCGCCGCCAGCGGCUUCCCAAGUGGAAGCCGGCCAGCGACAACUGGGUGUGCCUGCUGUGCCGCAACAGCAACUUUGUGUGGCGCUCCAGCUGCAACAGGUGUCAGGCAACCAGGCACGUUGCCGAGGGUCAGGCCCAGGAGGGAUCUGGGCCCCAGCCAAUGGAGGACACAUCGGGCUCAUCGUCCUCAUCGGGCUCAUCAGGCUCAUUCGUCUCGCCCAAAACAGAAUCGGGAUCCCUUAGCGCCCGUGGCAGACGCCCACUCAAGAAGGACUGGCCCUGUGGGUUCUGCUUCAACUUGAACUUUUGGUACCGCCUCAAGUGCAAUCGAUGCCAGGCCCCGCGGUCCGAGGCGCUGGCCACCUCAGAGUCGGAGGAGCCCUGGGAGCUGGUACUCAAUCCGCCCUCCAACGAAUAGAGAGGUAGUGCCGUUCUAUUAUGUGUCUAUGUCCUGCUCCUGUCUAUCUGUUGCUGUUCGUGUACCCGUAUUUGUUGUAUGCUUACGCCAGUUCAUCUUUACCUAUUUCCUGGACCGACGCACCACACUGCGUCCUGUAUUUCAUCAGACUCGAAUCGAUUCCUGACAUACCGACGAGAGCGUAUAGUAUAGUUCCUGACAUCAGAAGCGGCUAUAAGCCUCAAAAUUCCCGUUAAUCUGCGUCGUAAAAUGGCGCUUUAAAGCAAUGCGAAAUAGUAAAUACAAUUCCUGGACAAACGGCCACCCAAGAGUCCCAGAGAUUGUGGGACAAUGCAAUGCAGUGACUGGUAAUCCACUUAAUCCGGCCAACUGAAUAUUUUGCCUGAGCACAAAAGGCAUCCCGUGCCCAGACCCACCUGGCGAGCUCUAAACGUUUAAUGAAUUUAUUUACUUGCCUGACGCCCGCAGCCAGUGGCUCAUUGGCUCUAUGGAAUUGCACUGCAAAAGCGCAAUAACUGUUUACAAAAAGUCUAAAUUGUUCAAUAAUAUUUUUCUUUUUUUCCCAAAA